AUGAAAUCCAGAGAGGAUUGGCUUGUGGAUGGUGAUAAAAAUACACCCUAUUUUCAUAAAUCAGUGCUAAUUAGAAGGAAAAAGAAUAAAAAUAUUUCUCUCAAUUCAGAAGUGGGGGAAGCAAUUUCUGAUCCUAUUAAGCUUGCUGAUCACAUUAAGAGUUAUUUUGAAAAACUAUUCACCUCCUCUUUUGUCUCCUCUAAUGCUAUUUGGAAUCCUAUUCCCAUAGAUGUGCUCCCUAGAGGCAUCACCCUAUCUGCGAGUGCAAUUCCUAUUGAAUGUGAAAUUUGGAAGGUAGUCUCCAAGAUGGGUGCUUUCAAAGCACCGGGGCCAGAUGGGUACCACUCUUUUUUCUAUAAGAAAUUCUGGGAAACUAUCAGAGGUGACCUAGUUCCCUUCAUUCAAUCCAUUUUUAGAAAGCGCGAGGUCAUUGCCAAUAGACUCCGCUCUUCUCUUCCUAAAAGAAUUUCUCCCAAUCAUAAUAGUUUUCUCCCAGGAAGGGGUACUGAGACUAAUGUGAUUAUUGCUAAUGAGGUACUUCACUCCAUGAGGGCUAGAAAAGGAAGGAGAGGCUGGUUUAUAUUAAAGUUGGAUCUUGAGAAAGCUAAUGAUAAGCUUGAAUGGAGUUUUAUUAGGAGUUCUUUGAUGCUUUAUGGAUUAGAUGAGUCAUCUGUUAAAAUCAUUAUGAGUUGUAUCACUUCUGUGUCCUCCUCGAUUUUAGUGAAUGGGAUCCCAACUGAUUCUUUCUCUCCCUCUAGAGGGAUUAGGCAAGGAGACCCCCUUACCCCCUAUAUUUUCAUAAUCUGUAUGGAAGUGCUUUCUCACAUGAUCCACCUUGCGGUUCAAGAUCUUAAAUGGACUCCCUUUAAGAUGGGUAGAAGGAGAGUGCCCGUUUCUCAUUUACUUUUUGCUGAUGAUAUCCUUUUAGUGGGUGAAGUUAGCAAUGAUAAUACUCAGACUCUCCUAGGUAUCCUUGAGGACUUCUGUCAAUUGUCUGGUCAAUCUAUAAGUGUUGAGAAGAGCAGAGUCCUGUUUUCCAAAAAUACUCCAACUCUUGACUGUGGAAUGUUUUGUAAUGCCCUCUCAAUUAAGGAAACCGCGGAUCUGAAUCCCUAUCUUGGUUUCCCUAUCUCAGGUACUAGACCCACUAGAUCCUCUGUGAAUUUCAUUAUGACCAAAAUCAUAGGCAAAUUAGCUUCCUGGAAAACAAAUUUCUUAUCAAAAGCAGGGAGGCUUUGCCUAAUUUCCUCAGUUAUUAACACCAUGCCUAGCUACUACUUCCAAUGCCUUAUGCUUCCUGAAGCCGUUCUUAAAGAAAUAAAUAGUACUAUGGCAAGAUUCUUGUGGGGAAAGGGUAAAGACCAGAGGGGGAUCCACCUUAUCAACUGGGAUAAGAUCUCAAGUCCUAAAGAUGAAGGGGGAUUAGGUAUAAGACAGCUUAUAAGUGGACCGCUCAAUGUUGGGGAGGAAACUUUGUCCCUUGAUCAAGUCUUGAAUAGUGGGGAGUGGAACUUCUCCAUUCUCUCCUUUGAGAUUCCUAGUUGUAUUUCCAACCUGUGUCUUGCGAUUUCUGUUCCUAGGAAAAGUAGCAUUAUUGAGGAUUUUGUGUAUUCCACCUUCUCUCUUCAGGGAAAAUUUGAUUUCAAAAAGGUGUUGGGUAUUUGCAAAAAGAGUAACCCACCACAUCCAGACCCGUUGGGAUGGAUAUGGAGGAUUGAUUCAAUUCCAAAAAUAAAGUUUUUUACUUGGUUGGCUUUCCAUGAUCGUCUCCCGCACAGGAAGACUCUUUUUGUUAGACAUAUGAUAAGUUCUGAUGUUUGCAUGUGUUGUCAAAAUGUCACUGAGGAUUCAAUUCACAUCCUUAGAGAUUGUCCUAAAGCUAGGGAAGUUUGGGAGCACUUUGGUAUUUCGACCAAUUUUUUUACCACCCCCUUGCAUCAAUGGAUUCAAUCUAACCUUACCCAUCCGCCCCCUCCCCCUCACAAUCAAAUUACCCUACCAUGGAGAACUCUCUUCCCAUCCAUCAUAUGGACGUUGUGGAAGAGAAGAAACUCCAUAAUUUUCCAACAAACGCAACCCACUGUGGAGAGUUGUGUUCUGGAAGCCCAAGCUUUAGCUUGGGAAUUGCACACUUCCAGAAAUACACUCCCCUCCACCUCUCACUCAUCUGUUUCAGUCCCACGGUGGUCCCCCCCUCCCUUACAUUUCCUUAUGCUUAAUUGUGAUACGUCUUUUAUCAAUAUUGGUGAAGUAUGUAGCGUUGCAGGAGUCUUUAGGGAUCAUUUGGGAGAAUGGAUCUUGGGUUUCCAACAACAAUGUCGGCUGCAAUCUGUGCUUAUGGGAGAGUUAUUUGCAAUCUGCACAGGGCUGAAAAUCAGUAAAGAAAGAGGAUGGCCGAAAGUGAUCCUAAGUACAGAUUCACAGCAAGCCUUACAACGCUUAGGAGAUUCUCAAGUGGUUGAUGCUAAUCUUCAUUUAACUAAUCAAUGCAGGGACCUCUUGCGGGACCUUCCGGAUGUUGAAGUGGUCUUUGCUCCAAGAAGCACUAACAAGGUGGCGGAUAGGUUGGCGAAAAUGGGUCGCACGGAUGUAAUAGAUAGGCCUAAUCUAGUGUAUUUUGAACACCCUCCGGGGUACUUUAUGGAUGUAAUUUUGGAGGAUAAACCCCCUUGA